AUAGUGUCGAUGGUGCUGAGGAAGUGGAGCCUGAGAGAUCAUCAUCUCCAACUGAAACACAGUCGCCUGUAAUGGACCGCAACCCAUCACCCCCUCCAAACGCAGGCGAUGGAGAGGAGGACGGCGAUUUGGAUGCCAUUGGAGACACUGUUUACAGCAAGCACUGGCUUUUCAGCACCCUGACUCGUCUCAUCCAUAUGGUCACAGAGCAAUCGGAGGUUGACUCUGAAGGUCAAAUGCAACUCCUUGAUGAUGAUGAGGAAGAUCUAUGUAGAGUCUGGGAUAUGGCAAUGGAUAAGGAUGUGGCUGGUUUUCUGCAGGAAUUCAAAGCUACAGAUAUCCUUCUUGGGGUGAUAGCCAAAUCUCGUUGUCCACGCCUCACAGAAAUUUGCGUGGGAAUCCUUGGGAACAUUGCUUGUUUCCCUGGCACUUGUCUGACUCUAAGUCAAAAUGAAGACCUAGGGGCUGUGCUGUUGCUUCUUCUUGGAGAUGCAGAUCCUCCAACCAUUCUGGAAACGAGCAGAUUGUUGCUGACCUGCGUCUCUCAGAAAGAUGUCUGUUCCCUGUGGCUUCAGCGAAUACGACAGCAGACGUCUGUGCGCUCCAACCUCCUUUUCGUCAUGUGCAGUUCCACGAACACUGACCUGCUUGAGAAAGUUGGGGAGCUCGUUGAUAAACUGUUUGACCUUGAUGAAGAGCUGAUGACAAGUUGGAUAACAGCUCAACAAAAUGAGGAGGAGAAGGAGGGGGAUGGUGAGAGACAUCUGGAGAUGGCAUCGUGUCUCCUGGAGGCAGCCAAACAGCUAAGGUAA